AGAAAUGAACACAGAGACAUCCAACGAUGGAGGGAUGUCAAAAGUCCGUGUGAAGAAAGAGGAGACGCUGGAGCUGAACAUCUCCAACCAUGGAGAUGACCUCGACAACCCACCUGAACGUCUUUCCAUUAACAUGGAAGAUCAUGACAAUAAAGACUACCUCUACUGUGAAGUUUGCAAAUCCUUCUUCUUCAACAAAUGUGAGGUUCAUGGACUGCCCCUCUUCAUCUCAGAUACUCCUGUUCCCAUGGGAGUCUCUGACCGAGCCAGACAAACUCUUCCUCCUGGGCUAGAAAUCAAGAAGUCCAGUAUUCCUGAUGCAGGCCUGGGAGUGUUUAAUAAGGGGGAGACGAUUCCAGUAGGUGCACACUUUGGACCCUACCAGGGAGAGCUGGUAAACCGAGAGGAAGCCAGGAAAAGUGGAGACUCCUGGGUUAUAUACAGGAGCAUGCAGUGUGAAAAAUACAUCGACACGAAAAGAGAGAUGCAUGUGAAUUGGAUGAGAAGUAAAGAACACUUUGCUGCAAGUCUUUUCCUGCUCCACAUGUCCUCGUUCCUGUGCAUCUCAAAUUUACCUUGACCAGUGCAUCCAGAGAUGCCACAA